AAACUACAUCAGCCAUCAGUGCGCGUACUUCUAACAGAACUUGAUGCUCCUUAUUACUUCAGUCCAGUAAGAAGUUUUUUUUUUUCUAUAAUUCAUCGUUGUCGGUAAUCCUUCAGUACAAAAUCAACCACUUUCUUCCAAGACUUGUACUAAAUACAGCAAUUCAGCUUCAAUAAUGUUUCUCUAACUUCUUCCAUAUGUCCAUUUGUGACCUCUCCAUCAUCAUUUUUGUUCUUGUGUUCUAUUUUCUCAGCUUUGGCCUCUGCAUCAUGAUUUGAGGUGAAAGAUGGCUUUUUUUUUUUUGGUAUGAGUUGUUGUUUUUCAGGCUGGGUUCUCUUUUCUUUGAUGUAGAUCUAUUUUUUCUUCCCAUAUUCUGUCAUUGUUGACUUCUGCUCUCAGUUCGUUUGAAAGCUCUAGGUUUCUAUGCUGAUAGUGAUUGAAUGGGACCUUUACCCAAUAUUUUCCUCGUUGCAUUCUUCGAAGGGGUCUUUUUUUAAUGUAAAUUUGAAGUCUUGAGGAUGAUUUAUGCUCUCAUUUGGGAGAUUUUGAUCAUGAUGUAUUACUUAUUUGAUAAAGUUGGAGGCUUUUGGUCGAACGGUGGAAUCUUUUUUUUGGAUAAUUUUAGGUAAGACGUCUAGGGUUUCGUGAUCAUGAUAAAUUUAAGUUUUAUUGGUCAUUCCCUUGGGUGCUCGGCGUCUGGUGAGCGGCUGGUGUCUGCAAGUAAAGAUGGAGAUCUGCAGGAAGCCAAAGCUUUAUUAGAUCAUAAUCCUCGGCUUGCAAGUUACUCGACUUUUGGUUUCAGGAAUUCUCCCCUCCAUUUCUCUGCAGCUCAAGGUCACCAUGAGGUUGUUGCUCUACUACUUGAAUCUGGAGUUGAUGUCAAUCUGCGGAAUGCUCGAGGUCUGACUGGUUUAAUGUUGGCUUGUCAGUAUGGUCACUGGGAGGUUGUACAGACUCUUAUGCUGUUUAAAGCAAAUAUUCUGAAGAAGGAUUAUCUCCAUGGUGGGACGGCCUUGCAUCUUGCAUCUCUAAAUGGUCACACUCGUUGCAUCCGUCUCCUCCUUGCUGAUUAUGUGCCAAGUAUAGUUGAAUUUUGGCAUAUAAUGAGUGGAUCCAUUGAAGCAUCUGUUACAGAUAACUUUGAUCUCUAUGAACUGUCUAAGGUAAUUAAUGGAAGGGCCGAUGGAGGCAUCACUGCACUUCACUUGGCAGCACUAAAUGGGCAUGCUGAAAGUGUUCAAUUACUAUUAGAUUUGGGAGCCAGUGUCUCUGAGCUCACACUAAAUGAUGGUGCCAUAAUUGAUCUAGUUGGAGCAGGUAGCACUCCUCUUCAUUAUGCUGCUUGUGGUGGAAAUGCUGCUUGCUGCCAAGUUCUCAUUGCCAGAGGAGCCAACUUGUCUGCUAAGAAUGCUAACCGUGCAACACCAUUGAUGGUGGCUCGUUCAUGGCGUAGAAAUUGGCUUGAGAAUAUUCUAAGCGAUGAAAAUCAAUGCCGGAUACGGGUUCUUCCUUCGCCAUGCCUCUCAUUGCCGCUUAUGAGCAUUUUUAAAAUUGCCCGAGAUUGUGGAUGGAGAAACAAUUUUAGCCAGUCUCCUGCGUGCAUGGAUCCAUGUGUAGUUUGCUUGGAAGGAAAAUGCACAGUAUAUGCAGAAGGUUGUGGUCACGAGUUCUGCACCAAAUGCGCAUUAUAUCUAUGCUCCACCAACCAAACAACAACUGUCAUACAAGGCCCUCCGGGUUGUAUUGCUUGUCCUCUAUGUCGCAAGGCCAUUGUCGUGUUCGUAAAGCUCGAUAUAGCAAAGUUGGGAAAGGAGCUCACAAAAAUGAGCCUAUUGUCAUCAACUUGCUCAACUGACAUAGAAUACAGAAACUCGAUCACCGCUCGGUCGCACAAGUCCAACCGCCACUUCGCUUGCAUCCCAUUAUUAGCUUCUUCCUCCCUUCGAUUCCUUGGCUUCGAAAGAUUACCAUCUUUGAAGCUUAACUCUGUCCUUUGCAAAGGCAACCCCGAUAAAAUACAUAGUCUUGUAAGGAAUAGAAGAUUGCAACAAUCAACUUCUCAUAUUAAGAGACAUAAGAAGUCUUUUUCAUGGUUUGUCAAUCUCAACAAAUAUGUCACUGCUUGUGGCAGCAACUAAUACUUAAAUUUUGCAUGGAAUAAUAAUGUUUCUGAUAUUGUGUGACUAGUGAUUACUUGCAAGCUUGGUAAUCUAAGUGCUAAAAUGUAUAUUUGAUUUCCAACUUGAAAGUAGUCCACCAUUUGUGUAGGUUUUUUAAUCAAUAUGUUCGAAAAGUUUGAUCUAUCUCAAAAUAGCAGAUGCAUUAAUUGCAACUUCCAUGGCUGAUGUAAACCUUGUGUAUGAACCAGCACAUCGACAUGAUAGCCUCAUGUAUGAACCAGCUGUCGAAGAUAAUGACACGGUUGCCGAUGAUAAGAGCUGCAUCAGCAUUGUAUCUGUUAUAAGACCAUGAAGGAAUUAGAUGGGUAAUGUAUAUACAUACAUGCUUUCUAAGGAACAUUAUUAUGUAUAGUAUAAAUCAAUACAAAUAGAACAGUAUGUUGAUAUCUGUAUAGUGUAACUUUAGUUUGUUAUGUUUGCUCAUAUGCAAAAACAUUUGGAUUGCACUUAUGAGCUCCA